AUGUCCAAGGCAGAGCAACCUGGGUCUGCUGCAGCAGGAGCAGGAGAAACUGCAGCAGGCACGGUAGCAGGAGGAGCAACAGGAGCAGGUGCAGCAGCAGCAGCAGCAGAAGCAGGGGGCCUGUCGCGGGCGGCUGGAGGAGGGAUGGGGUCGGAUGAGGCGAAGCGGCAGCAGAAGAGGCAGCGGCAGGCUGCUAUCAUGGCUCAAUUCGCUGCUAAGCAGAGCGCGUUUGCCAAGAUGCUGGCAGCAGCAGACGAUGAUGAAGAUGAUGAGAUGGAGGAGGGGAGGACGAGAGAGACGAAGGGUGGAGCAGGAUCAGAUGGGACAGGAGCAGGUGCAGCAGGAUCAGGGGAAAGUGGCAGGGCAACGGGCAGCAACGUAGCAGUAGAGCCAGCACCAGCAGUAGGAGCAAUGGAGGGCAUGGAUAUUGAUGGGGCCUGGGCAAGGGGGGCUGCGGGUGCAGUUGGUAGUGACAGGGGUGGAGAUGGUAAUCAAAUGGGUGAGCAGCAAGGUGACGUAGGGCGGGGGGGAUUGGAAGGGGGCGGAAUGGGUGGUGCAGGGAGGGAAGCUUCGCGGAGCAGGAAGAGAGGGCAGGCAGGGGGGAACAAUGAGGCGGGGCAAGCAGAUGGGGAGGAUAUGGAGGUGGAUGGGGGUCCAGAAGGAAGUGAGGGUGGAAAAACUGGUGUGCAGGGUGCAGGAGGUGUGGGUAGGAUGGAGAAAGGAAAAGGCAAGAUGGAAGAGGGGGGCAGAGGGGAGGGUGCGGGCAUAGCAGCACCACUGGGAGGUGCAGCAGCAGCAGCAGUGGCAGCGGGUGGUGGUGUGAGGAAGGCGAGGAUAGCGCCAGGGUCUCUUGCUGCUUUCACUUCCUUUGAGCCCGACCUGUGUGGUUUCUGUCAUGCCGAGUGUCGCCCCACACCAACAGCCCCCAUUGGGUGCGUGGCUCUCGCGCAGCCGUACAAGCUCCCUGCGAUCAUGCACUCCCCCGCCCAGCCUAUCACCCCCGCUGCUGCUGCUGGGACUGGCUCAUCCCCCAUUGGGUGGGUGGCUCUCGCGCAGCCGUACAAGCUCCCUGCGAUCAUGCACUCCCGCGCUCAGCGUAUCACCCCCGCUGCUGCUACUGCUGCCGCAACUGCCGCAGCUGCCGCUGCUGCUCCUACCCUUUCUCCUCCUGCUGGUGCUCCUGCUGCUGCUGCUGUUCCCGAGCCGAGAAAAGAACAGGAAAGGCCUGCUGCUGCUUCUGAGGCAGCAGAAUCGAGUUCGGGGCUGAACAAGCAUGCAGCAGCAGCUGCAGCAGCAGCAGAGCAGGGGCAUACCACAGUGCAACCUGCAGCAGGAAAUGCGAGUGCCAGGGCAGAAGCUGCAGGGAAUGCGAGUGAUAGAGCAGCAGGGGAAGUGGAGUGGACAGUGGAGGUGCAGGUGGAGGGUGCUUUGGACACGCAGGUCACAUCUCACAUCCGCUGCUGUGGCCACCAGAUGCAUUUCGAGUGCUACAACCAGUACAUGUCAGCUCUGGUGGACAGGGACCGAGCGGAUCGGCCGUACGAAGGCCGUGGGCUGAUAGACUUGGCACGAGGCGAGUUCCUGUGCCCUGUGUGUCGCCGCCUCGGCAACCUGCUGCUGCCAGACGUCAGGAUGACUCUGCCCCUCGCUAACCCUCCACCUUCCUCUGAGGCGCUUCCAAAACCGACUUCUACUGCCGCUGCCGCUGUUGUUGGUGGUGGUGGUGAUGGUGCAGCUGCUGGGUCUAAUUCUGGUGCUGGCGCCUCUGUGGUCAAGAAAUCAAGCUCAACCAGACAAGAAAGGGAGACUCAGAGCCUUAAGAGGGUGUUGGAGCGGUUGAGAGUGUUAAAGAGGUGUGUGGAUGAGGAGAGGGAGGAGGUGCAGUGGGAGGAGCGGCAGCAGGUGUGGUGGACUCGCUUCUGGCUGACCAGCACCGCUAUGAGCGGCUUCCUUGUCAUCUUCUGCAGCCAGAACUCCAUGAUCCGUCUGCUGCCCUCGCGCUCAACCUCUCCUGGAUACGUCUGGAAGUCCGUGUGGGAACUGCUCGCUCUCAACAUCGUGCAUCACGAGGUGGAGACAAGACACGCCGCCCUGCAGGCCAUGGCCACUGCUACAGCCGCUACAUCCGCCACAACCCCUGCUGCAGAUGCCUCGGCUGCUCCUCCUUUGUCUUCUGUGGAAGCAGCAGAAGCAGCAGCAGCAGUGGCGCGAGCAUGUGUGGGUGAGAGGUCGGACAAGGGCCAUGAGAUGGCCCUGGAUGGGCUGGCGCACCUGGCUCUGCUCACCAACACCAUCAUGGCAGCAGCCCCGGUGGUGGAUCACCAGUGCACGAGUCUGUUCAAGUGGUUGCAUCUUGAACCGGAGGAGGAGGAAGACGAGAAGGACAGGGCAGGUAGCAGCAGGAGAGCGGGGAGAGGAGGAGGAGGAGGGGGCAACGGGAAAAAGGGACAACCCAGGAAGGGGAAUGGGGAGAAAGAGGGGAAUGAGGCGAAAGAGGGGAAAGAAAGGAAAGAGGGAGAAGAUGUUGGGAAGUCUGUGGCACAAGAGGUUGGGAGUAAGAAAGACGCGGAUGAGGAAAUGAGAGGUGAAGAGGAGGAGAGGGAAGGAGAGAAGGCGGAGUGCGAACAGGAGGAGGGAAGUGAUGGGUUUGAGUGGGAGGGGGUGCAAGAGGGAUCAGGGGCAAUUGGCAGUGGAGGGCAGAGGUUGGGAGAGGCGUCUACUCCGAUCCCCCCAGAGCUGCUGCAAGCAUUGAUGGCAGAGGGAAUCACACCUGCUGAGAUGGUGGCGGAACUACGAGAGCUAGAAGAAGAGUUUGGUGUAGAGGAUGAGGAGGAGGAAGAGGAGGAGGAGGAGGAGGAUCGGAUGGAUAUGGGCGUGGAUUCGAGCUGGAGUGUGCUGUUGGGGUUGCUGUCCCGGCCGGUUGUUGCUGCUGAUCCCUUUGCUGUUCUGCUGUCGCUCAUUCAGUCCAAGCAGCCCCGCCCCUCUGCUGCCACGACACAAGCCAUCCUCCUUGUCUCUUUCUGCCCGCAAGUGCUGCUCGCUGAUUGGUUGCGCCGCUCGCUUGCCCUUCCCUCCGUGACCGCUGUGCUUCGCCUCAUGGCUUCCGCCAACAGUGAAGCAUCAUCCAGCCAGCCGUGGCACCUCAGCCGCAUGUUUGCAUCAUGGAACCUACCAUCAGAACCACCUCGGCUGGUCAGAGCCCCCACCCAGCCAUCCUUCCACCCAUUGCCGGAGAUUUACCAGGACCUUCUUUUGUCCACGAUGAACAAGGUGUGCAGGAACUGUGGCCAGGAGCCUCCCAACCCCGCUGUGUGCCUGUGCUGUGGCGAGUUGCUCUGCUACCACUCCUCCUGCUGCCACUCGGACGGGCGUGGGGAGUGUUACAGACACGCGCUGAGAGAGAAUGGAGGCACGGGUCUGUUCCUGGUGAUGCGAUCGACACAGCUGGUGCUGAUACAUGGAGUGCACAUAUGUGCCGGUCUCUCUAUCUAUCUCGACUCGCAUGGAGAGGAUGACGCGUACAUGCGCCGUGGUCGUCCCCUGUACCUUAGCCAUUCCCGCCUUGCAGAGUUCCUUCACCUGUGGAAAACCGCCUCCAUCAGCCAUGAUAGCCAGAUUCUUCAUGCCUCACUAAGUCAUUCAGUCAGAAUUAACGCAGCAGCGGGUGGAUCGGGUAAGGGAUUUGGGUCCGGCGGCCCGUCGAACCAGUCGCCGGCUAAAUCCAAGGGCAGUAAGACUGCUGGGGGGACCAAGAAACCGCGUGAAAAUGGGUCGAUAUCUGGACCGUCCGCCGUCGUGCCAGAAGAUCCGAAAAUCACGCGUCUAGUGCAGAAAUUGGAGGAGAAGUCUUCCUCCAACCCGACCCCGACACGUGGUCAUCCGUUGGUAGACCAGCGCGCAGCAGCAAAGGGUCGCGUAGACUUCGUCCGGGUGGAAGGUUGGGAGGCCGCAGGUUCGGCAGCGUCGGAAAUAGGUCCGGACGAAAUCGGCAAUCUCAAGGUGAAAAGCUUCACUCCCGGCACUACUUCUCAAGGCUACGAAGCUCGGGCCGAAGAUGAUCAGCAGCCUCGGCAACAACUGGCAGAGGGAGAUGCACCCGCGCCGCAGGUAGACCUGUACGAACGCCUGGUGAGGCACCUGCAGGUUCUCGAGUCGCAGGGGAAGCUUUCUGUUGCGCGGGCGAAGGGUGAGCCGCCGCUGCCGUCGUUCGAUCGAUGGAGGUUUGGAGCUAAGAGGUUCGGACAAUACCUAGUCGAUCAGAUGCACGUGCACGAGGCUCUUGAUAGGGCCGUGCUCCAAGCCCUUGGCGGGAAAACCGGUGCGAAAUCCGCCGGAAAUAUCGGCGGGGAGUCUGGCGGUAAUGGUGGGGAUGAUGUGUCAGGAGCCACGAGGGCUUUAAGCUUGAAAGCAUCAGCCUCGACCAACAACAGCCAGGAGCAGGGCGAGCAGGACCAACCCACCCCCUCUUUCCUCUCCCUCAAAUCCUCAACGUCUAGCAGCAGUGGUGCUGCCUCAGCUGCCAUUUCCCCUGCCGACGCUGCUCGCCUCCGGCUCUUCACCCACACGUUCACUCUCCUGGUCACGCACCUAACCAACGGCAUGCGCAUCGGAGCUAAGGCUGUGGAGUGCCUCCCCUCCCUGCGUGCAGCCAAGGCUGUGAGCUUCUUUCAGGAAUAUCCUGACACUGUGGGGGAUCCUAUGAAGGCGUUUAGGGCUGCUGUGGAUGAGGCGGGGAAAGGGAUGAGCGAGGGGGAGGUGGAACUGGUGGAGGGCGAACUGGGCCCUGCUAUGGUGAAAGCUAGUCUGCUGCUGAAAGUGCUGGCCGUUGAGGAGAGGGAGGAGGUGGUCAGUGCACCCUAG